AUGUCUUCCCUUUUUGAUGCUGUCCUCCAGUCCGAAUUGGGCUCGGGGUCUGGCGCCCGUGACAAUCUCACAUCCGACCACCUGCCGAGCUCUCGCCGCUCAGAGAGCGACCAUCCGACAAGCGACAUCAAUGUCUUUCCUGAUGAUCAAGUCGUCGGAGCCAGCACAUCCGCCGUCAGUCGGCUACGGAAUCCCUAUGCCCCCGGCCCCGCGCCCCUGGUCGACGAAGGUGGAGAAAAUGUGCGACGGUCUUUCGAGGACCUUCUUGAGACCUUUAUGGAAGAGCCAUCGUCAUCCGCACCCCCCUCCUCCGGAGAAAUGCUCAGCGACAAAUACUAUAUUGCCCAGAUCAAGGGCAUGAAGAAAUUCGAGCUAUCUACGCUCUAUGUUGACUUCAACCACCUGACCUCGUAUGAGAACCCCGUGUUGGCCGAUGCCAUUGCACAGCAGUACUACCGAUUUCUGCCCUUCCUGACCAAGGGCCUUCAUAACCUGAUCGCCAAGUAUGAACCGGAAUAUUUUGUAUCCCACCGAUUGGCCUCCAGCGCAUCCACACAACCCAGCAACUCGUUUGCAUCCGCCUAUGCGAGCGUGAACGACAACCCGGAUCUGGAGCGUCACAUUCGGGAGAAGACUCGCCAUCAGCAGACAGAUAAGCUCUUUGCUCUUGCUUUUUACAAUCUACCGUUGGUUUCCCGACUCCGCCAGCUUCGCACAAACCAGAUCGGCAAGCUGCUUUCAAUCUCUGGAACCGUCACCCGAACCUCUGAAAUCCGACCGGAGCUGUGGCUGGGAACUUUUAUUUGCGAGGGUUGCAAGACAGUUGUCCAAAAUGUGGAACAAACCUUCAAGUACACUGAGCCUACCGAAUGCCCGAACGCAACCUGUGGUAACCGGAAUGGCUGGCGGCUGGACAUUGGAAAAAGUACCUUUGUUGAUUGGCAAAAGGUCAAGCUCCAGGAAUCAUCUCACGAAAUCCCAACCGGAAGCAUGCCGCGCACCAUGGAUGUCAUUCUCCGUGGUGAAAUGGUCGAUCGCGCCAAGGCUGGUGAACGCUGCAUCUUCACUGGCACUUUGAUCGUUGUUCCCGAUGUCAGUCAGCUGGGUCUCCCCGGUGUACGCCCUGAGGCUGUUCGAGAUAACAGUUCUUUCCGAGGAAGUGAAAUCGGCGGCGGUGGAGUGUCUGGGCUGAAGGCACUAGGUGUCCGCGACCUGACCUACCGUUUGGCGUUCCUCGGCUGCAUGGUGACCCCAGACACAACUACUCCUGGCCAGAAGCCGGAGCAGCAGCUUAGUGGUCAAGCAAACAACAUUCUCGCGUCUUUGGGCCAGAACCUAGACCGCGAAAUGGACGAUGACAAGGCACAGGAGGCUUUCCUCAAUAACUUGACUGCAACCGAAGUCGAAGAUCUGAAGCGAUUGGUGCACACAGAAUAUAUCUACUCAAAACUGGUGCACUCGAUUGCCCCAAUGACCUGGGGUCACGAGCAGAUUAAGAAGGGUCUGCUCUUGCAAUUGAUUGGCGGUGUCCCCAAAACUACUCAGCAGGAAAGCCUGCAGCUACGUGGUGACAUUAAUGUUUGCAUCGUAGGCGAUCCGUCAACCAGCAAGAGUCAAUUCUUGAAGUACAUUUGCUCUCUCCAUCCUCGCGCAGUCUAUACCAGUGGUAAAGCUUCAUCCGCUGCUGGUUUGACGGCGUCUGUUGUCAAAGAUUCCGAAACUGGAGAGUUUACUAUCGAAGCCGGUGCGCUGAUGCUCGCGAACGGAGGUGGUAUUUGCGCCAUUGAUGAAUUCGACAAGAUGGACAUCGCCGACCAAGUCGCCAUCCACGAAGCUAUGGAACAACAAACCAUUUCCAUCGCCAAGGCCGGCAUCCACACGACUCUCAACGCCCGCGCCUCUAUUCUCGCCGCAGCCAACCCCAUUGGCGGCCGAUACAACCCGAAGCUGACACUGCGUCAGAACCUCAAUUUCAGCGCACCCAUCAUGAGUCGAUUCGAUGUAUUUUUCGUCAUCCGCGACGAGCCUCGCGAAGACGCGGACAGAAAAUUGGCCAAGCACAUUGUCGACGUGCACAUGAACCGCGACAAGGCCAUCGACCCCCCUCUGACCACGGAACAGCUGCAGCGAUACAUCCAGUUCGCGCGCACAUUCCGCCCCAUUUUCACUGAGGAGGCCAAGGCCCUGCUUGUCCAGCGAUACAAGGAGCUUCGUGCCAACGACACGCAAGGCGUGGGACGCAACUCAUUCCGUAUUACCGUGCGUCAGCUCGAAUCUAUGAUCCGAUUAUCCGAGGCCGUCGCCAAGGCGAACUGUGUCGAGGAGAUCAGCGAGGAAUUCGUCGACGAGGCGUACGAUCUGCUCCGCCAGAGCAUCGUGACCGUCCAAAAGGACGACGUUGAGUUUGACGAUGAGCCGGCCCGUAAACUGGACGAAGACCAUGAGAUGGCCGACCGGGAUCGCGAUGGCGACAGCCCCAUGCGUGAGGAACCGGAUGAUGAGCAGCAGCAGCAGCCGACACGCGUGAAGACCAAGAUCACUUAUGAGAAGUACGCCACGAUCCUGAACUAUGUUGUGCAGCGCAUCCGCGAGGACGAAGUCAACCAGGGCGAGGGUGUCGAGCACGAGGACUUGAUCGUCUGGUACCUGGAGCAGAUUGAGGACCAGAUGGGUGGCGAGGAGGACAUGCUUCGCGAGCGUGACCUGUGCGCCAAGGUCAUCAAGCGCAUGGUCAAGGAGCGCAUCGUCCUGCGGAUCGCGUCGAGUCUUGACGAGGAUGCGGCAACACAGGCGACUGAUGCUGGCGAGAAGGUUCUCUACGUGCUGCAUCCGAACGUCGCAUUCGAGGAUCUGUAG